AUGUUUAGAUGUGAUAAUUUUCGUUUACUGAUUUUGGAAACGACCCUGGUUAGAUUUUACGCAUAUUAUUCAUUGCGUCUUUGUUUAACGAUGAUGUCGUUCGUUUCAUAUACGGCGUUUGCGCUCGUGCUGAUUUUUAUUCUACCUGAUUUUUCUUCCGCAACUGAGGUGAAAGUGACUAUUAAAAAUGGCCCAAUAGUAGGCCAACAACGCGAAGGACAUUUCGCAUUCGAGGGAAUACCGUACGCAAAGCCUCCCAUAGGUAACCGUCGCUUUGCCGCAUCCGAAUUAAUCGAAGAGCGUUGGCAUGAGCCAAAAAACACCACCCGUGUUGGGCCAGUUUGUUUGCAGUGGUCUCACCUUAAAUCCGGUGAUAAUAAAAUGGAAGGCGAAGAGGACUGCCUAUUUCUGAACGUGUACACAACAAACCUUUCGGCGGAUGCCCUUCUACCGACGAUCGUCCAUCUUCACGGUGGUGCAUUCAUGUACGGUGGCGGUGGUUACUUUAGGCCUGAUUUUUUACUCCAACGCCAGCUAAUUCUGGUAACAGUAAACUAUCGCCUCGGUCCGCUUGGUUUUCUCAGCACGGAAGAUGAUGUGAUCGCCGGCAACUUUGGACUCAAAGAUCAGGUGACGGCGUUGCAGUGGGUGCAAAAAAAUAUAAAAUACUUUGGCGGUGAUGCAAACAAGGUUACACUAUCUGGCUUCUCGGCCGGUUCUGCCAGUGUUCAUUUGCAUUACCUUUCUCCCCUUUCACGAGGACUUUUUCAUCGCGCCAUCGGUCAUAGCGGUUCGGCACUGAAUCCUUGGGUUAUGGUAGAACAAUCUGCCGAAAAAGCCAAACUUAUAGCUGCCGGAGCGGGCUGCCCGUUUGACGAGAAUAGCAAAGAGCUUUUGCAGUGCUUAAGGCAGCUUCCGGCAGAAAAAAUAGUUCGCCAAGUGCCGAAAUUGCAAGAUUUUCUGUACAAUCCCUAUUCACCGUUAGGCGUUGUGAUUGAAAAACGAGGCAAGUACAACUCCCAACCGUUUCUUUCGGAAGAUCCACGCGAUUUAACACGCGCCGGAAGGGUAGCCAAGAUACCAUUGCUACUUUCCGUAACCGAAGCGGAAGGUUUGUAUCCAGCAGCGGAAUUUUUUAGCAACGUAAGCUACCUUCAGCAUAUCAACGACCACUGGAACGACGUAUUGCCAAGCAUUCUAGACUAUAAGUAUGCCGUCCGAGAUAGUCACCAGCGAGACGCCCUGUCCCAAGUGAUUAGAGCGCACUAUUUAGGGACGCAUAAGCUAAACGAAAGUGUUUUUCAUCGGUUUGUGCGGCUAGUGUCGAAUCGAUUGUUCUUUGCUGGCGUUACGGAAGCGGCAAAAUUGAUGCAGCCUCACAUUCCUGUCUACUUUUACUACGACCAAUACAAAACAACAUACGGCCUUUCGGAAGCACUCUCCGGAUCCAACCAGUUCCUGGGUGUGCCGCAUGGCGAAGAUAUAUUGUUAAUUCUUCCCAGCAGUCUACGCGAAAAUAAUCCUUACACGAUGCAAGAGCUGAGCAUGGCUACGAAAUUUUGCGAUUUGUACGAAUCGUUUGCACACGGCUAUCAACCAAGAUUUGGCAACCUGGUGCUACCAGCACAGCAAGAUCACACCCGGUUAACCUAUCUGUUGAUCAAUUACCCCGAUAGCUCCAUCGUAACAGCCGAUUUCUUAAGCGAUGAGCCCUUUUGGGACAUUUUGAAAUUCAAUGAAAGUUCUAUCGUACAUACAGAUUGAAGCAAUCUACCCACUACACCAAACAAUGAAGAUACACAAUAACUAGGUAUAUGGUAAAAUAAAAGCAAACCUCACCCUGUCCUGCAAAA